UUCUUUAAGCAGACGAAAAAGAAUUCGUAACGUCAAUUUGAAAACACCUCUCUCUCUCUCUCUCAAAUUUCAAGAGAUACAUACUCUGGUCUCUACUCUGAUUUUGAAGAAAAUGGAGGAUUCUUCUGAAAAUCUGGAUGAUGGAAUGUUAUGGCUACCGUCUGAUAUUUUCCCUGUAGAAGAAGUUUCAGUUACAUUUCCUUCUCCCAAGUUUAAGUUCAAAAACAACCACCCCAAUACUUGUACUUGCUGCUGUUAUUACUCUUGUAUUCAUCACAAUGAUCAUCUCUCUUUAAUGGAUGAACAACAAGAAACUGAUAAUGAUAAUAUCAUUCAACGCUUCGCUGCUUUUUCUCUUCUUCAUCAACGUAACCACCAACCCCACUCUGUUCCAAAAUCAUUUCCCAUUUCUGAGCGGUUCAGACCGGCAGAGAGGUACAGCUGUACGGAUUGUUCACUUUCUGGCUGUGUUGAACGAAAUAGAGGGGAAGAGCUGCUUCAGAUCGGUGUUCCACCCCCGGUUUAUCCGUACCAGUUUUAUACACCGGUUCAACCCCAGGUUGAGAGGUUGAUUGAAGCAAGAAGUAGGGUUUUGCAGAUGCAAGAGAACCGGUUCAUGAGAAUGCGUAACCUGAGAAUAAAUGAAAACCGGUUCAUGGGAAGCCGGUUUUUGCCAUUUGUGGGAAGUGGAUAUGGUAACGGAGGAGGAGGUAGUUCUACUUGUGGUGGAACAGGUGUUUUCCUUCCGAGAGUACCCACUAACAUCAACGAUUAUCGUAAUCAUCCUCAUGCUAGAAAGAGACAAGGUGGUGGUAGAAAUAGGCAGGAGGUUCAGCAAACUGGUCAGAGCUAUCCAUGCAUAUAACAAGCAAAGAGGAAUAGCAAAGCCUCUUCUCUCGUGAGAUGAGCUAGAAAAAUUGGACCAAUUGAUAUAACAUGGUCUAUAUAUAGUAGUUUGUUCCUUAGAUAGUAUUAUGUAUAAAUUGAACUAGCAUAUGGCUGUUUGUUAACUUUUGUCUUUGCCAAUAAUUCUUUGGCAAAGGCCAAAGGGACCUGUCUUUUGGUGUCUUCAUCUGACAAUUGUAAUAUGACUCCUUUCAAAUCUGUGUAUUAUAAUAAUGCUCCUACUUAUGCCUACACAGGCCCUUUUUUAAACUUUUGAAAAUA